AUGGUCAUUUAUUUCUCUUCUAUUGUGGCAAAUAGAUGGUUGGCAGUUCGUCUAGAAUUAGUUGGCAAUUUUAUUGUGUUUUUCUCUGCAUUUUCAGCUGUUCUAUUCCGCCAUACUGAUCAUGUAACUGCUGGAUUAGUUGGACUUUCUGUUUCUUAUGCUCUUUCUGUUACUCAAGUAUUAAAUUGGGCUGUUAGAAUGGCCUCUGAAUUGGAAACAAAUAUUGUUUCAGUUGAAAGAAUCAAGGAAUAUAAAGAAACACCAACUGAAGCAGCUUUGGAAACUCCAUCAGAAGUUUUUAAAGAUAAGAAAGAAGAAUUUUGGCCAGAAAAUGGGGAAAUUUUAAUUGAUAAUUUAGCUAUUCGAUAUCGGCAAAAUUUGGAUUUGGUAUUAAAAGAUGUUAAUGCACAUAUUUUGCCUCAUGAAAAAAUUGGAAUUGUUGGAAGGACUGGAGCUGGUAAAAGUUCUCUCGUUCUUGCUUUAUUUCGUUUGGUAGAACCAGCUUCUGGUAAAAUUAUUAUUGAUGGAAUUGAUAUAUCAAAACUUGGUCUUAAGCAAUUACGUUCUCGUCUUACAAUAGUCCCACAAGAUCCGGUACUUUUUUCUGGAACUUUUCGUGAAAAUUUAGACCCGUUUGGUCAUCAUUCUGACGAUGGUAUUUGGACAGCAUUAAAACUUACACAUUUGGAUGAAUUUGUUAAUACAUUACCGAAUAAAUUGGAUUAUAAAAUUAGUGAAGGGGGUACAAAUUUAAGUGUAGGUCAACGUCAAUUAAUUUGUUUAGCUCGUGCUGUUCUUCGCCGAUCAAAAAUUCUUGUUUUAGAUGAGGCAGCUGCCUCUGUAGAUCUUGAAACGGAUCAUUUAAUUCAACAAACAAUUCGUCGUCAAUUUGUUGAUUGUACAGUUCUCACAAUUGCUCACAGACUUCAUUCUGUAAUUGAUUCUACAAGAAUUUUAGUUUUUAGUGAAGGCCGGGUUGCUGAAUUUGAUACUCCAAUUAAUUUAUUUGCUAGACAAGAUUCUUUGUUUCGGGCUCUUUGUUUAGAUGCUGGUAUUAAUAGUAUUGAUGAUGUGAAUAAUGGAAAUGAUAAAGAAGAAAAUGAAGAAAAGAAACAGAAUUGA